AAUUAAAACUUUUGACGGAUGUGUGUACACCGUAUCGAAGAUAUGUCGGCCUUGAACUCCAAAUAAAAGAUAUUCGAACGCUUUCUAUAACAACGCUUAUGGGGUCAGAAAACGACCUAUUUGGGGUAAUUAAUACGCGUUAUAUUUCCAGACUAUUCGGCAGGCUUCAAAACAAUGCAUUGGGAAGGAAUUUCGGCCCAGAAUGUGAUUUUGUUCACGCAAAAUCAGAUACCUCAUUGCGCGUUCAUUGUUGUUUUUGAAGUCGCUUAGCCGAGGAGUUGCCAUCGUCUUUUCGGCCUGGUGCUGUUUUGAGUGUAGUUUUGAUGCGCAGUAUUAAAUAACAGCCCUUUUAGUCGUAAUUUUGAUUCCAAAAAUAUAUAAAAAAAAUUGACUGCUUCACAAAAAACUGGCCUGAAUAUGUUAGAUUUUCUGUGUAUUCGAAACGCCUCCUUUGGUUAUAUUAUAGACGAGGCUGUUAAGCAUAGCAAAUCGCAUUUUUUAAGUUGGACAGGAAGGAGAUCUCAUUCAAACAGGCACCAUUUUCGAUGCAAUUCUGCUGCUCUUCAAAUAGCUUUGCUAUAAAAAAAAAUAGAUAUUACGUCAUUCAAAUCGUAAUAUCAAAAAUAGACAUUUGGACUAUUACAACGACGCUACUACCAAGCCUUAUUAAAACUGCAACAGAACAACUGCCAUACCUUAUAUGGAAAGACAAUAGUUAGCAUAGUCAACAAUGGUUUAAUCAAAACCAAUGGACAAUAUUACGCGGACAAAAAAUAGCUUGUAUGAAAAUCAAUGAUUUUUCGGGCAACUACCUUCUAAAUAUGGCAACCGAAUCUUAUCUCCCUUCAAAAAUUGUUUUAUAAAAUAAAAAUAACUCCAAGUAUAGUGUUAAAAAAAUGACGAAACCCACUGUAAAAUUGUCAGCAUAUUCGAAGUGAUGGUUUAAAAACAUAAAAAUCUGCAUUACCAUAUAAGGAAAGCCGCCACCUUUUGCAAUAACUAUGCUUUUACGGAUGAUUCCAUGUCGCACCGUAGAGCGAAGCUUUGUAUAAAUAGGCGAACUGCAAAAUUCAAAUCAUUAGUUUGAAAUUCUAAUAUCUGAAACACAGAAAUUUUUAUACUUUCAUCAUUUGCUGCAAACAUUUUUAACGCCUCGGUUCAAAUAAAUAUUUGUUAAUUCUCAAUUACGGUAAUUUGAUUGCAUAUUUAAACGGAAGCUAUUCCAUAAAAAAGGCAUUGGCACGUAUUUCUAAAACGCGUACAAAAAGUAGCUAAUACAUUUCUGCUAGUUAAAAAUUUUAAUUUGCAAAAGCAAUUCGAUCUACCAUUGAAAUUGAAGAAAAUGGCAAACAGUGGAGCCACUGUUUCAGAACAGACCUUGAAGGAUUAUUUGGACCUGAAGAUGCACCAGACGAAUAUUUUCAUGAUGAUAAAGUUCUCUUCCAAACUUUACAAAGAAAUGGUCACCUCUCAUUUGGAGCCCCAAUGCGAAGGAGUGAGUAACAAGACACAAUGGGAGAAGAUGAAGAAACUACUGAACGACAGCCAAGCCACUUUCAUAGUGUUCAAGAUGUCUUACAAAACAAAAGAUGGUGCACACCGGGGCAAAAUUCUGUUCAUCUCAUGGAUCCCCGACAGCUGUUCUCUCAAGGAGAAGAUGGUGUAUGCGGCCAGUAAGAAUACACUGAAGAACAAACUAGAGGGGGUGGCGGAAGAGGCUUUGAAUGGGACUGACAUGGCGGAUCUCGAUUACGCAGAGGUGGCCACUUCAGUGUCCAAGGGAACGGCAGAUGUAUAACACUAACAAACCAACUGUUCCAUAGACGACACUGAUUUUGUUAACUAACCCCCCUGGGGUGGGGUUAAUGUUGCAAAACUCAUCAACGAAAAAGAUACUUAAACUUUUAUAUUUAUCAGUUUGAGCUUAGAAAAGUCUUUCAGUUUACGCCAAAAACUGUCACCGUCAAAAUCCGUCAAACUAAGUCCGUAGAAUUAGAUAUCAUUUUGAGAUUCAAUGUGAAUAACAGUAUAUGCCUUAUUUAGCAGUUACAACGAGCAAUAUCGUCAUUUAGAAACAAGAAAUAUCUAAAAACGGUUUAAAGUUGGUGGCUAAAUUGGCAGAAACUACAGUUUUUUUAUUUCCUUUUUGUUAGUAUGUUUUUUUAGAUUCCCUU